CCCGAAUCGGCGACUGCUAUAGCAGAAAAAAUGAAGCGACCGACCCUGGCAAUAUUCAAUGCUAUGACUUCUUACUAUAUCAACUUCGAUAUCAUGCGAACGUAUCCAUAUGAAGUGAAUAAAGUUUUUAUUUGGAAAGUGCGUUUUGCUGACCUGUCUCAACACCUCCAUGAUGUGGUCGUUUUCGAUACCGGACGGGCUGGUGAUGGAUCCGCUGGCGCCAACAGCGCUCGCGGUGUCCAACGAAUUCAUGGGACGGCUUGGUAGCGGUCUGUCCCUGCUACGGGAUCAUGGGAAGAAGGUUCAAAAGUAUGUAAUGAAGAGUCGAAAAUUUGACAUCUUAACGAAGAGGUCAUGGCAGUCAGUGGUGAAUAUCGUACUGGUCGAGGCCAAGGACUUGCCCGAUGGACCGACAAACGGAUCCAACGGACUCUAUUGUAAAUUCAAACUAGGUACAGAAACACAUAAAUCGAAACAAGUUUCAAAAUCUAGAGCGAUGUGGUGUGAGAGAUUUAACAUGUACCUUUACGAUGACUGUAUGUUAGAGACAACAGUAUGGUAUAAAGGAAAACAAAAAAACUUUAUGGGUCGAUGUACAAUCGACCUUUCAAGACUAGAGAGAGAAAAGACCCAGGAUUUAUGGUUGGAGCUGGAGUGUGGUUAUGGGAGCCUGCACUUGCUUGUGACUGUGAAUGGAUCAGGUCAGAUGCCCCCUACUGAUGCUAUACCCACCACAAAUAGCAUUCACCGUGCUACUCUCGAAAAGGAGGAUUUUACAUGGUAUAAGCUGGAUAAUUUAAACGAGGUGGGUCAACUGCUGGUGACAGUGCACGGGGCGCGGGGCCUCAGCGCCCUAGGAUUUAGUGGUCGCGCGGACGCAUACUGCGUUUUAGAAUUGGAUAAUUCACGUGUUCAAACGCACACUGUUCCAGCCACUAACGAACCUCAUUGGAACAAGACAUAUUUCUUUGGAAUAAACGACAUCACCUCAACGUUAGACAUCACAGUAUACGACGAGUCAGUAAUUAAUUCUAUGAAGGGUGAGAUGCUUGGUAAAUUGUCCAUCCCACUCCUGAGGAUCAACAAUGAAGAGAAAAGGUGGUAUGCAUUGAAAGAUAGAUCGAAGAAAAUCAGUGCGAAAGGCAAUUGUCCCAGGAUAUUACUGCAGAUGUCGGUUGUAUGGAAUCCGAUAAAAGCUUCAAUUAGAUUACUAAGUCCAAAAGAAACUAAAUAUAUGCAAAAACCACCGAAAUUCAACAUUCCACUCAUAUACAAUAAUCUCAAGUUUAUAAGAGACGUAUUCAACAGUCUUUACGUCGCUAAUGAGCAUAUCAAGUAUGCAUUUGAAUGGGAAAACCGGGAACUGUGCUUUGUAGCUCUGGCAGGCUGGCUUUGUUUCUGGUACUAUUUCCGCCUAUGGAUGGCGCCACUGUUAAUGAUUACACCGUUUUUAUAUUAUUGGAUGGACAUGAGUGGCCUCACAAGGGGAAAAAGCGUACAGCUGAUACUUCUAAAUAAUUCGGAGUUGGAACUGGACGAAGAAGAUUUAGACCAAAAGGAUGACAAAUCAAUAAAGACGCGUUUAUAUGGAUUACAAGAUAUUACGUUUACAAUUAAGAACGGCAUUGAUUACUCAGUGUCUCUCGCGGAAAGAUUAAAAAAUUUGGCGAGCUUUGCAGUGCCUUACUUAAGUUUCAUGGCAAUGACCGUUUUGUUACUGACAGCCAUCAGUCUUUAUUUCAUACAUUGUAAUUAUUUAAUAAUGGCAUUAGGAAUUUAUAAAUUUAUGCGAAAGGUUCUGAAUCCGGACAGAGUACCAAAUAAUGAUUUAUUAGAUUUCCUAUCGAGAGUUCCGGACGAUGAGGAUUUGAAACGAUGGCGGGAAUUAAAAGUUCCAGAGCCGAACUCCGUCCGACGUAGCUUCACGAGGAAAAGAUCGUCGACCUUUGACAAGAUACAUGAAAAUGUCUCCCAAAAUUAACUUGUAAAAAUUUACAUCUAACUGUAAAAAUAUAGACUGCUAGUACUGUGAUUAUGGCUCUGAAUGUACUUAGUGCCGUAUGUGGCAACUUAUGAGCGUAACAAUCAUCUGAGUACA